AUGUUGGAACUAGACCAACUUCAUUCCCUCAUGAUCAAAUCCUUUGUUAUCAAAAACAUCAUCCCUCUAAGCCGUCUCAUAGACUUCUGCACCACCUCCCCAGAGACUAUAAAUCUCACCUACACGACAUCAAUUUUCGAAACCAUCGAUUCCCCAAGCGUGUACAUAUGGAACUCUAUGAUCAGAGGCUACUCAAACAGUCAAAACCAAUACAAAGCAUUGACCUUUUACCAAGAAAUGGUUGGGAAAGGUUAUUCUCCGGAUUACUUCAUGUUUCCUUAUGUGUUUAAAGCUUGUUCUGUGUUAAGGGAUGUUAAGUUUGGGAGUUGUGUUCAUGGGUUUAUUGUGAAUAUGUAUGUUUCCACUUGUUUGGUUCAUAUGUAUAUGUGUUGUGGUGAAGUGGAGUGUGGUUUGAGGGUUUUGGAAGAUGUGCCGAAGUGGAAUGGUGUUGCUUGGGGGAGUUUGGUGUCUGGUUUGGUGAGUAAUAAUCGGUUUAGAGAGGCUAUUGAGGUGUUUAGUGAGAUGGAGAGACAUGGUGUGAAGGUUGAUGAGAUGGUUAUGGUUGAUCUUCUUGUUUCCUGUGGGAGAUGUAAAGAUAUUGAGAGAGGGGAAUGGUUUCAUGGGAUUCUUAAAGAGUUAAACUGUGAUCCGUUUUUAUAG